GGGGUUGUGCCGUUGUAGGCAGGUGGACCCGAUCCGAUCUUCCUGGUCGGCAGCAACGCCGGCACUGAAACCAUGUUGAAUUCCGUGUAACAACGAAGGGGUCGAGUCCCUAAUGAUGUUAGAUCCCACUCCCCAGCAACCAGGGGGGGGUGGGGUGAGAUCUUUGUCGGCGUUGGGGCUUCUGGUGGUUGCAAUGGAUGAUGAGCUGGCUAAUACAUGGACGGUGAUUUUGACGACAGCUUCAAGCUCUAAGCUUGGCGUCCUCUUCAUCCUCUAUGGCAAUGACAGAGACAGCUCUAUGGCAUGGAGGAGAGUUCCGUGUGCAAAGGUUUGAAGUUUGGUGUUCCUUUAAGGCAACUAGAGAGACAAGCUUUGUGGGAUGGAGGAGAUCCUGUGCAGAGGUGAGUAGUUUGACCUUAAUCUAAGGCAGUGAGACUGUGAGAGUGAUGAGGCAUUGUGGGAUGCAGGAGAACCCAUGCAGAGGUGAGAAGUUUUGUGUUGAUAGAUUGUGGAAGGUGAUAUCAACGGAAGAAAAAGAAGAAAAUGGGCCAAUACAUGACAGUGGUGGUGGGUCUGAGGAGGGGAUUUCUAGUGGAGUUGUUGAUAAAGAGAUUUAGUGAGUAGAUGGAUGCGGGUGCUGGUUCAAGACUGGGCAAGCAAAGGUCUCGUAGUGAUUAGGGUCAAUGGUUGUGCAGAGCUUGGUUUGAUAUUGACACAAGAGAUAGGAGAUAGGUAACAGAAUCUUCAGUGAAUUUGAAGUUAAGGCUGAUUGUGGGCGAAAACAAAGGUUGGGGCAGUUGUUGGGGAAACAUCGAUGUGGGUCUCAGCAGCCUAUGGUGUAGGAUGAAGGCUCCAGUGCACUAGAUGGAUAGAAGCUCCAUGAUAUCAAUUAAUAGUGGUGUUCUGGGGAAGAUUGUUUUUAGUAGUGAUAGAAUUAGUCUGGAUUGGAGCGAGUUUUUAAACUGUCAACCGAUAUGGCUUGCUAUGUAUGAUGUGUUUAUAUGGAAGCAAAGAGGAGGCGGAGGCUCUUGGCAAAUGUUGUUUGAUGUCUUGUCUCUCUACAUGUCUGUUGAUGUAAAGAGAGGAGAAACUCUUCCAAUUCAUAUAAAUAUGACAUUCCCUUCAUUACCUUGUGAUGUCUUAAGUGUGGAUGCAGUAGACAUGUCUGGCAAGCAUGAGGUUGACGUCCAUGCAAACAUGUGGAAGCUUCGUGUGGAUCCUGAGGGUCUAAUUAUUGGCACCCAGUAUUUGACUGAUCUUGUCGAAAAAGAACACUCGGAUCACAAGCAUGGUGAGAACAAAGAACAUAAUGAAGGUUCCUCUGAAAGGAAAGAUGAACAGAGUUUGAAUUCACAAGAUGAAGCGAUGAUUAAAAGAGUUAUGAAUGCAAUGGAAAGGAGUGAAGGAUGCCGAGUGUUUGGGAAUUUAGAUGUCCAAAGGGUCGCUGGUAACUUCCAUAUAUCAGUUCAUGGAUUAAACAGAAAUGCUGCUCAACAGAUUUUUAGUCGAGGCAACAAUGUGAAUGUCAGUCAUGUCAUUCAUGAUUUCUCAUUUGGUCCAAAGUACCCCGGGAUACACAAUCCACUUGAUGGAACUACUAGGAUCCUACUCGAUACAAGCGGCAGUGUCAAGUAUUUCGUCAAGAUUGUUCCGACCGAAUAUAGGUAUCUUUCAAAAAAAGUAAUGCCUACGAAUCAAUUUUCCGUCACUGAGUAUUAUGUUCAAACGAAGGAGCACCAACGGACUUGGCCAGCUGUUUUCUUCUUCUAUGAUCUUUCACCUAUCACCGUGACGAUAAAGGAAGAGACUCACAGUUUUCUGCAUUUCAUUGCUCGUCUUUGUGCAGUACUUGGUGGUACAUUUGCUUUGACAGGAAUGUUGGAUAGGUGGAUCUACAGAAUCGUUGCGGCAUUCACAAAAUCGAGGACCGGAAACAAACGGAGACAGGGAAAAACAGCUGAUUGACAAAAAAAAAAUCCAGGACCAAAAUGGAUAUCAGGUCCAUACUUGUUAAAAUUUAUCACUUGUAUGGUCGAUUGGGGUUUUGGUGGCAUAUUUGUUGGUAUUUUUUAACCGGGAACUCAAUAUGCAGACUAAGAUCGAUAUUAUUAGUAAAAACUCAGAAUUCUGAGA